AUGAAGUUCACCCUCGCCCUCGCUACUCUGCUCUCCGUUACCUCCGCUGUAGCCGUCACCAGGCGACACCCUGCGACGCUUUCCAAGCGUCAAAGCAGCGUCUGCGGUGGCAUCGCCACGCCCACCUGCUGCCAACUUGAUGUCCUGGGUGCUGCAAACUUGGAUUGCGAAAGCGCCGGCGACGUCGCCACGACCGCGGAAUUUGAGGCUCUGUGCGCCGAGUCCGGCACGAGUGCACAGUGCUGCAUUCUUCCUGUUGGUGCGGAUGCAUUGCUUUGCACGGGUGCUUGA